AUGAGUUUGCCACUAAACCCAAAACUAGUCCUUAUCUUUAAUGGCCUUACUGAUAAGCCAGUAAUGGUGAAACUGAAGUGGAGCAUGGAAUGCAAGGGAUACCUGGUCUCUGUGGAUGGCUACAUGAACAUGCAGCGUGCCAAUACAGAACAGUAUUUUGAUGGGGCAUUGUCUAGGCUUCUUGGAGAAGUUCUAAUAAGCUGUAAUAAUGUAUUGUAUAUACAGUAUGAGGAGUAG